GGAGGGAAGCCGCACAUUGGCCCGGGCCGGGAGGCCGGGGCGGAGUCCCGGAGGCCGGCCGGCAGCAGCUGUGGUGACGGCGGGGGAGACAGCGGCUGGCGCUGGCGGGGACCCCGGGCGGGGAGGACGGGGUCCUGAUGGGCGUGGAGAUCGAGACCAUCUCCCCUGGAGAUGGAAGGACGUUUCCCAAGAAGGGCCAGACGUGUGUGGUGCACUACACAGGAAUGCUUCAAAAUGGGAAGAAGUUUGAUUCCUCCAGAGACAGAAACAAGCCUUUCAGGUUCAAGAUUGGCAGGCAAGAAGUGAUCAAAGGCUUUGAGGAUGGCACUGCCCAGAUGAGCCUGGGUCAGAGGGCGAAGCUGACCUGCACCCCUGACGUGGCCUAUGGAGCCACGGGGCACCCGGGAGUCAUCCCUGCCAACGCCACCCUCAUCUUUGACGUGGAGCUGCUCAGGUUAGAGUGAGCGCUCAGGGGUGCCGGCUGAGGCCAGCUGCUGCUGUUCAUAUGCCACCCCUGCUUCCCCGGGGUCCCCCAGCUUCCCAUUCCAAGCUUCCAUCCCCGGGAGGCCCGUCUUCAUCAUACCGUGUGUGUGCAUGUGCGUGUGUCCGGUUCUGUGCUGACAAGCUUCUUGGCUUUGAGGAGACCCCGUCAGGAACGCUCUCAGACGGGACCCCUCCUCUAACUUGCAUGUGCCCCCAGCCCCGCCCCGCCCCCCCCCACCACCACCACCACGCGCUGGCACUUUUAUUUAUGAAGCAAAAAGUCUGCACUGCCUUACUUGUCCACUGAGCCCAGGAGCUGCCGGUCCCAGCCGGACGUGCACAAGCCAGGCCCGAGCCCGCCCGCCGC